GAAGGCGGAAGUGUGUGUGUCAGGGCGGCUGCGAAGCCGGGCUGAGGUGUUCCUGGCUGGCACCCCGCGGCUCCUCCGGGUCUGGGCGUGGGGACACGAGGGUGGCCAGCGAGAGCCAGCGGGGGACGAAGCCAUGAGGCGGCCGCGGGGUCCGGCGGGGUCUGGAGGUUGACUACUCCCGCCGCCUUCCCGUGAGGCCGCCUCCUCCAGGCAGCCAACCGUGCCCCUAAGGGUCUCGCGCCCCGCCGUCGUCCCGGCGCCUUGGACUGGGGCUCCCGGGCCCCCAGACCCCACGCUAUGACUGCGGCCGCCGCCUCCAACUGGGGGCUGAUCACGAACAUAGUGAACAGCAUAGUAGGUGUCAGUGUCCUCACCAUGCCCUUCUGCUUCAAACAGUGUGGCAUUGUCCUGGGGGCCCUGCUGUUGGUCUUCUGUUCUUGGAUGACGCACCAGUCGUGCAUGUUCCUGGUGAAAGCCGCCAGCCUGAGCAAGCGGAGGACCUACGCCGGCCUGGCAUUGCACGCCUACGGAAAAGCAGGGAAGAUGCUGGUGGAGACCAGUAUGAUUGGGCUGAUGCUGGGAACCUGCAUCGCCUUCUACGUUGUGAUUGGCGACUUGGGGUCCAACUUCUUUGCUCGGCUGUUUGGGUUUCAGGUCACGGGCACCUUCCGCAUGCUCCUGCUCUUCGCGGUGUCCCUGUGCAUCGUGCUCCCACUCAGCCUGCAGAGGAACAUGAUGGCCUCCAUCCAGUCCUUCAGCGCCAUGGCCCUCGUCUUCUACACCGUGUUCAUGUUCGUGAUCAUGCUCUCCUCCCUCAAGCACGGCCUCUUUGGUGGGCAGUGGCUGCGGCGAGUCAGCUACAUCCGCUGGGAGGGCGUCUUCCGCUGCAUCCCCAUCUUUGGCAUGUCCUUUGCCUGCCAGUCCCAGGUCCUGCCCACCUAUGACAGCCUGGAUGAGCCCUCAGUGAAAUCCAUGAGCUCCAUCUUCGCCUCCUCCCUCAACGUGGUCACCACCUUCUAUGUCAUGGUGGGCUUCUUCGGCUACGUGAGCUUCACCGAGGCCACCGCGGGCAACGUGCUCAUGCAUUUCCCUUCCAACCCGGUGACUGAGAUGAUCCGUGUGGGCUUCAUGAUGUCCGUGGCCGUGGGCUUCCCCAUGAUGAUCCUGCCCUGCAGACAGGCCUUGAACACGCUGCUUUUCGAGCAGCAGCAAAAAGAUGGGACCUUUGCUGCCGGAGGCUACAUGCCGCCCCUGCGGUUUAAAGCCCUCACCCUCUCGGUUGUGUUUGGAACCAUGGUCGGUGGAAUCAUGAUCCCAAAUGUGGAGACAAUCCUGGGCCUCACGGGCGCCACGAUGGGAAGCCUCAUCUGCUUCAUCUGCCCGGCGCUGAUCUACAAGAAGAUUCACAAGAACUCCCUCUCUUCCCAGGUCGUGCUCUGGGUCGGCCUGGGCAUCCUGGUGGUCAGCACACACACCACCCUGUCCGUGAGCCAGGAGGCCCCUGUGGACUUGGCAAAGGAAGCCCCAGGCAGCAGACUUGGAGAGGCUGAGGGCGCGAUGAAGGCAGAGGCAGCCCAGCUCCCAGGUACGCGGCUCCCAGGCCAGAAUCCAAUUGUGGACGUGGCCGAGGACAGCCGAGAUAAGCCGAAGCUGCCAAAUGAGAAAGAUGAGAUGGAGCAGGCCCAGAUUAAGGGCCCCGUGAAUGUGCCCCCAAGGGAAGAAGACGCCAAGGAGAAGCAGGAGGAGGCACAGCUGGAUCGCCCUGGUCAAGGAGUUGCGGUACCUCUGGGCGAGGCCCACCGCCAUGAACCCCCAGUCCCUCACGACAAGGUGGUGGUGGACGAAGGUCAAGACCCAGAAGGACUGGAGAAGGAGCAUCCGUCCAAACGUGUGGAUGAAAGGGCCCUGGGGGGCAAGGCUCAGAUGGUGCCACCACUGCUGGAUUCAGAACGAGAGAGACCCAGACAGGACGAGGCUUUGGAGGCAGCGGGUGGUCUUCCUAAAGAUCCCCAGAAGGUUCCAGAAGAAAAUGGUCAGCCAGCCGCUGAGCCCCUGAAGGAGGACCUGGGGCUGGGUGACAGGGGUGCGCAUCCAGGGCCCCAGGCAGUGCUCCCUGAGGGGCAGGACGUCCUGGUGGCAGGUGCAGGGGCCAGAGCAGACGGUGCCCUGCUGCCCGGCCAUGCCGUGGGGGCCAUGGGCAAGCCCUUGGAGAAGAACGAGCACGGUGGGAAGGCUCCGCUCCCAGAAGAGAAGCCAGGCCCGGGGGCAGUGCCACAGGCAGAGCCUCGAGAGCAGAGGACCUUGGAGGGACAGGGCGGGGACCACGCCGGGGACCACGCAGGCAGCAAGCUGGAGGAACUUUCAUGGUUUCCUAUUCUGCCUUUCUCCAAACGCCUCUCAAUGGGAUGCACAGCUGAAAUCAGAAAGAUGGUGGCAGAAGCUGGCCAGGCAGAGAUGCUGGACCAUGCCGUUCUGUUGCAAGUGAUUAAGGAACAGCAGGUGCAGCAGAAGCGCCUCCUAGACCAGCAGGAGAAGCUGCUUGCAGUAAUCGAAGAGCAGCAUAAGGAGAUCCACCAGCAGAGGCAGGACGGCCAGGACGCGGACAUGCAGCCUGAGCUGGGGGUGGCCGGGCCCAGAGGUAAGGAGCAGGAGGCCCACGCCGUGGGGAUGGCAGAGCGUCCCCCACAACAGCCUGUGGGAGCUGUGCCCGGUGCUCCUGGGUGGCCCCCUGCUCCUCCCCAGGGGCACAGCCAACGCUCUGUGGAGAAGCCUGAGGGGGCCUUGGGUAGAGCCCCAGCUGCGCCUCCUGGCGGCGCUGACCUGCAGCCCCGGGCAGCCCAGGCUGAGCCGAGGGAAGGCCAGCGGGGCGCUGUGCCCGAGGCCGUGGACGCUGGCGUGCAGGAGCAGGUCCCUGUGCUGGACCCCGCCAGGGCACCCGGGAGCCCAGAGCAGCAUGGUGCUGGAGACGUCCCCCGGCAGAGUCGGAAUGUUUUUGGUGGAGACUCCCAUGAAAGGAAGAAGUCUGGAAAGGAGGAGGCAGCCACUGGCACAGACGCUCAGGAGGCAGAUGUGCUGGGGGUGGGGGCAGCAGUUGGGGCUCCUCAGGUAAAGUCCCAGCAAGCAAGCCAAGACUGGGCACCCGGAGGCCUGUCCAGCAGGUCGGGGGGAGCAGCCCUUCGGGCCCAAGCCGUGUUACAUCAGCCGGAACAAUGGGCUGUCCCUGCCGGAGGGCAGGGAGGGCCGCAGGGAGGUCAUGAGGAGGCGAGGAAGGAGCACGCCGCCAUCCAAGAGCCCGAGCAAAGGCCGGACCCUGAGCUCGGGCCCAAACCAGCCAUGCUGGGGGAUCAGAAGCCAGACAACGCCAAACCCAACCGGGACCUGAAAGUCCAGGCCGGCUCUGACCUUCGGAGGAGACGGCGGGACGUGGCUCCUCGUGCAGAGGUGGGACCAGCCCCAAAGGAUGGGGUCAUCAUCAACUUCAACCCCCUGCCUGACGUGCAGGUCAGUGACCUCCGCAGCGCCCUGGAGACCCAGCUGCACCAGGCUGCGGGGGGCGCCCUGCGAGUGGUCCCAGGCCGGCAGAUUAAACAGCUGCCCGGGGCCCUGGAGGAGCCCUGAGCCCCAUUAAGGCUCCCUGUCAGCCGGUGAACCUGGACCAUGGUGGGUGUGAAGUCCUGGAAGUCAGGCCCGGGGUGGAGUCUGACAGCCCUCCAGCUGCACCUUGCUUUCAAACCGGCUUUGCUGUCCCUCUCUUCUCUUACACUUCCCGGUGACUCAGCUCCCUGAGGCCACCAGGAGAAAAGGUGGCCUCAAGGAGAAAUAGCUGCUCGCUGAGACCCAGGAAACGUGACCCGCCACCAGCCACACAGGUAUUGUUACCCUGAACUUUAUUGAUGUUCUCUGUGAGCGUCAUACAAAACCUGAGGAAAUGCUUCUGCCUUCACCCUUCUUCACAGCAAAUGCUGCUUCAAGUCUCAGAGGCUGGGCGGGCCUGUGAGUCCAAAUGCUUCUGCCCUAGAACUCUGCUCUGCAUACUCUGGUCUCCCAAUCGAGUGGUUGUGAGAUUUAAAAAGUAAAACACACCACUGACGUCUGGUUAGUGCAGUUGGUGCAGAGGUGAAUCACCCAGAGGACCCCGUACCACAGACAUAAGCCAUGACCAUCAAACCCGUGACACGUGCUCAGAGCCUCAGCUGGGUGCCACACCCACAGGUGUCGGGGUGGGAGUA